UAAGGUGAGGGUUAAAACCUACCAACUUUGUAAGGUGAGGGUUUAAAACCUAUCAACGUUGUAAGGUGUGGCUAUGGCACCGGUUGCUCAUGGCCCGAAGGCUUUCUCUCGACAGAAAAAUUUCCCAUUCCCUCUACUACUUUGCUGCGAAGAUAACGUCUUUUGGAUAUCCUGCUUCAACCGACAAGUUUUUCAGACAUUUCUCUUCUUUAUUGACUCUUCAUCUCGAUCACAGUUUCAACGACGAAAUCCUCUAUUACAGCUUCUACCCAGAUUCUUUUUAUGCUUAUUUAAUUGAUAAUUCAACUCAAAAAAGACACUUGAAUCAAAUCCAUGCCCGGUUACUCGUUUUGGGAUUUCAGAAAAGUGGUUUCUUGAUCAAGAAGCUCAUAAAUGGUAGUUCAAAUAUUGGGGAAAUCGGCUAUGCCCGUAAGAUGUUUGAUGAUUUUGCCGAACCUGAUGUGUUUUUAUGGAAUGCUGUUAUUAGGGGUUAUUCAAAGCAUAAUAUGUUUGUUGAUGCUGUUGAAACGUACUGGAGGAUGCAAUUCAAUUGGGUUAGUCCUGAUGGGUACACUCUCCCUCAUGUGCUCAAAGCUUGCAGUGGCUUGCCAGCUCUUGAAAUGGGUAGACAAGUACACGGGCAAAUCUUCAGGCAUGGGUUUGAAUCAGAUGUCUUUGUUCAAAAUGGUCUUGUGGCCUUCUAUGCCAAAUGCGGCCAAAUUGCCCGAGCUAUGACUGUGUUUGAUGGGUUACAUGAUAGUAACGUUGUCUCUUGGACCUCAAUUAUUUCUGGGUAUGCUCAGAAUGGCCAGCCAAUGGAAGCUUUGAGGAUUUUCAGUGAAAUGAGGAAAACGAAUGUGAAACUGGAUUGGAUUGCUCUUGUAAGUGUUCUCAGGGCAUAUACUGAUAUAGAGGAUCUGAAUCAUGGGAAAUCUGUUCAUGGUUGUGUGAUUAAGAUGGGUCUUGAAUUGGAACCUGACUUGCUCAUUGCUUUGACUGCUAUGUAUGCAAAGUGUGGGCAAGUAACAACUGCCAGAUUGUUAUUUGAUAUGAUGAAGAUUCCAAAUGUGAUUUUGUGGAAUGCCAUGAUCUCUGGCUAUGCCAAGAAUGGUCAUGCUGAGGAAGCUGUAGAUCUUUUCCGUGUGAUGAUUUCUAAAAACAUCAGAGCAGAUUCCAUAACAGUGAGGGUUGCUAUUGUAGCUUGUGCUCAAGUCGGUUCUCUUGAUUUAUCAAGGUGGAUGGACAAUUAUAUCAGUAAGAGUGAGUAUAGAGAUGAUCUUUUUGUGAACACAGCUCUGAUUGAUAUGCAUGCGAAGUGUGGAAGUUUAGACAUGGCUCGCACAGUUUUUGACAGAACACUUGAGAAAGAUGUUGUUGUCUGGAGUGCCAUGAUUGUGGGAUAUGGAUUGCAUGGACGGGGUCGAGAAGCCAUUGAUCUUUACCAGGCUAUGAUGCAAGCUGGAGUGUGUCCUAAUGAUGUCACUUUUAUUGGUCUUCUCACCGCAUGCAACCAUUCAGGACUUGUAGAGGAUGGAUGGUGGAUUUUCCAUUGUAUGAAAGAUUAUAAAAUUGAACCUCGCCACCAGCAUUAUGCUUGUGUAGUUGAUCUUCUUGGGCGUGCUGGUUAUCUGGAUCUAGCCUAUGAUUUUAUUAUGAAAAUGCCAAUUGAACCAGGUAUUACUGCAUGGGGAGCACUUCUAAGUGCUUGUAAGAUCCACCGCAAUGUGCAACUAGGCGAGUAUGCUGCAAAGCAGCUUUUCUCACUGGAUUCAUGUAAUACAGGGCAUUAUGUGCAGCUCUCUAAUCUCUAUGCUUCAGCCCGAAUGUGGGAUCAUGUGAGAAAGAUACGCAUACAGAUGAGAGAGAAAGGACUAAGCAAGGACCUUGGUUAUAGUUUGGUUGACAUCAAUGGAAAACUUCAAGCAUUUCGUGUGGGAGACAAGUCACAUCCGAGAUACAAGGAGAUCUAUGAGGAGCUUGAGUCAUUAGAGAGAAGGUUGAAGCAGGCUGGAUUCAUUCCACACAUAGAUUCUUCCUUGCAUGAUCUGAAUAAUGAAGAGAUAGAGGAAACGCUUUGCAAUCAUAGUGAAAGGCUUGCUAUUGCCUUUGGGCUAAUAAGUACUCCCCCUGGAACUACACUCAGGAUAAUAAAGAAUCUGCGUGCAUGUGUUAACUGUCAUGAGGCUAGCAAGCUCAUUUCAAAGCUUGUUAACCGGCAGAUUGUUAUGAGGGAUGCUAAUCGAUUUCAUCAUUUUAAGGAUGGAGUUUGUUCUUGUGGAGAUUAUUGGUAAGAAAAAAAAAAAAUUACAGGCUCUAGACAUUUACCUAAGUAUUCUGAUAAAUUUUUUUGGUUGAACUCACAGUAAUGAAGGUUAAACAGAAAU